AUGGCCAAAGUUGUUGAUUCGCCGCAUUUUCGGAUUGAUUCCGAUAGCGAAGAAGAAAUUGACAUCGAGUUUGGAACCCCGCGAGAUCCAAUAUCAGAAACCUCAGACGAGCAAGUUUUGGAACACGAUAGAGCAUCACUUCUCGAAUCUGACCAAAGAAAGAAAAAAGUGAGGACGACUAUUCUAACGGUGUCCUUCCUUGUUCUUGUGGGGGUAAGCAUCGGUCUUGCUGCACGCUUUUCGCGAGGUCAUUCCGAUUCAACAAGCAUCGACACUGGCGAUGGUUUCUCAGUCCCCAUUGGAAGUCUGGAAACUAUAGGAGGCGAAGAGGUUCAAAACGGUCAUGUGGUACCCUUCUUUGAUGUGCAGUUCUACCCGGGUGAGAGAGCUCUGUUCGUCCUCAGUAAAGCACAAUGGAACUCUUCCUUUAUCGUGUACCCGACUGUCGUGAAGCGCGCUGCUCCGGUGAUUGCUGGUGUAGAGCGAGGUGGUAUCUUGCUGGAAACCAACGAUUUUGUUUUCCACUUCGAGUUAUCUACUGACGGGCAGCACCUGCAGCUUGUACAGGAAUAUCAUUACGCUAGUCUACAUGGAGACAAAGCUGAUGAGCUGCAGCAAAUAUUCGACGAAAGUCAGUGGCCUGGGUAUAUUACGAAAGUACCUAUAUACGCGGAGACUGAGGACGCCUACUACAUUCCGUCGGAUUUAUUCCUCUCGAAUGGAUUCUUUGUGUCGUCUGUGCUUGCUUCGUCUGACUUCACUGCGCUCGAAAAACCUUCAGAGUCUUUUGCAAGCAACACAAUGCUCUUCGUCGAGUAUGAGCUUGCCUCUGGAGUCAUUGAGGUCAAUUACGCCAUCGGGCUGUUACCAGAUAAGAUAAUGCCACAAAGAGUGGCAGACGAUCGAAUGGGUUACUUUUCCAAGCGCUACACUCGGUACAGCUUGACGGACCAAGAGCUCAGCGACGGCAAUGGUUACCAUCGAUGGGAUCCUCAGAUGACAGUCAUUCACCGUCGAAAACUCGAGCUUGACAGCUCUGGAAAACAGACGAAGAAUCCUAUCACGUACUAUAUCGAUCCAUCCGUACCGAAUGAAUGGAGAGAAGCCUUUGCUACGGGUGUGGAGGCUUGGAUCCCCGCAUUUGAGCGAAUCGGCUUCCCGAAUGCUAUUCGUGCGGUGCUUCCAGGAGACAGCGACUGGCCGAGUGACUACCGACUUGGAGAUCUUCGAUACAACAGCAUCUCAGUCAUGAUUUCGGAGCAGACUUACGCUUACGGUCCUACUAUAAUUGAUCCGAGGUCUGGAGAGAUUUUGCACAGUGAUAUUGUCUUCGAGUAUGGAUUUUUCAACGAGGUCAUGGUCGAUUUCGACAUGAAAUCACCAGUAGAUCCGCCACAGUCCUCGAAAACUAGUGAACAUAGUGAUGCAGAGAGCUCAAAUGUACUGAAGGCGAACAAGAAGUUCCGGCAUGCUCGCACAGGUCGAAGCCGGUCGUGUGGUUUUGCUCACGAAGAACAACACAAAGUUGAUCGGAUGAUGCUGAGCUCGGUAGCUGGAGACGACAGCGGCUUCGUUCCUAAGAGACUCAUAGCCCAACAUUUCGCUGAUAUUGUCAUGCACGAAGUUGGCCACACACUCGGUUUGCGUCACAACUUCGCCGGUUCUUCAGCAUACUCACGUGAUCAACUACGAGAUCCUGCAUUCGUCGCCGAGCACGGAAUGUCAACAUCAAUCAUGGAUUAUUUGCCCGUGAAUAUUUUUUCGGAUCUGACGAAGGACCAAGUGGAAAAUCAUAGUUUUUUCAUGACUGCGAUCGGAGCUUACGACUAUGCGGCAAUUGCCUACGGAUACUCGGUUGUAGAUGACGAGAUUCCUGGCUACAAGCACCCUCGCCUGACUGAACUGGCAUUAGCUGCACCGCUGUUUCUCAGUGAUGAAAGCGUUGAGAACAUGUUGAACCCUUAUGCCCAGCUCUUUGAUUUGUCUUCCGACCCAGUGGACUAUGCAGCUGAUCGCCUCAAGUUCGUCCAGAACGCACGAAGUUCUCACGCAGCGCUUGAUAAAGUGCCAGAAGACGCAUCGUGGACUACGCUUUGGCAACGUGAACAUGUUCAAUUGCGGUUACUUGCAUAUGCCAUUAACAUCGUACGACCAAUUCUUGGAGGAGUGAACAUCACUCAUGCACACCGAAGCAAGGACGAAGGCGCUUACAACGCUACGUUUAUACCCAAAGAAACUCAGCUUAGAGCUCUUAAGGUGCUUCUGCGUAUCAUUCAAGCGGAAAAAGGGUUAUUCCCAGAGCCAAAGGACUACGGUUCGUUCGUGGAGGUGGUCGGCUUCGACGGUGAGGACUGCAACGAGGCAACGCUGGAUUAUGGUUGUCUCGGGCGUGGACUAGUUGAUGUUGGUGCCUACGUGCUUCGCGUUCGAGAAAGAGCUUUGAUAUCAGCAUUAUUCCCCGCCAUGGCGCGUAUCGUUCAGCAAGACGCGCUAAGUCCGCUGACGCUGAAUGAGCUGCUGACAGAAGUUGCCAAAGCCAUGAAUGCCGCAUCAUAUAGCUUUACACUGAAGGAAUUUCUGGACGAAAUGUUAGCAGAAACCAUCAGCCACCAUGACACCGACGCACGUAUUAAACGAGGCAUUGAGGAAAAGUGGAAUAUGACUCUGCCUCCGGUUGUCGUUGUCAAAGCUGAAGAUGGACACGAACACCCUAUCGGUCGAUAGAAGUUGAAGUGCUUGAUUACCGAAUAUUUGUUUUUCUAAUGUUAAAUUUACGAUAGGGU